CGGCAGCCGGCAGGAGUCUCGCAGCAUCGCAGGCGCCGGACGGCAGUGGCAACAGUCAUUGGCUGCAGCGCUUUGGUUGGCUGGCAGAAGCGGAGGCGCCGGCCGGCCGGAGAUAGGGUUCGUCUCGCGCAGCCGCACGCCGCCAAGCCCAGUGACGUAGUGAGGAGGCCGCGACCCAUCGCCGCAUCCAGCGCAUCCGCUGUCGGAGGGCCAAGACGCAAAGAUUUGGAAAUGAAGAGGAAGACUGUGAAUAUGCAUGAUUUUUAUGCAAGCAGUUCAGUUAUUCCUCCCCCUGCUGGUGUCGAACCUGGAAUUGCCCCUGCUAAUGUGACUGCAAAUCCCCUUCCCUUAAUUGCUGCGAGCACAAUCCCUCCUCCUGAAGCUGAACCCCCAAAUGAGGAGAGCAAUGGUACCACAUCUGAUGAGAGUACGAACCAACCAAGGCAGCCUAUACUAGAAAUUCAUCCAAGUCAACUUAUUCACGAUCCAGGACAUACAAUACCAUUAGAAGAUUAUGAAAGGGCAAAGCAUGGUAAAAUUCGACUAACUGCAUCAUUGGAUUGUAUGAGGUAUCUCAUAGCACAAGGGGAAGCUUUCCGUGGGCAUGACGAAUCCUCCACUUCCAUCAACAUGGGCAAUUUCAGGGAGUUAUUGGACUGGUAUAAGGACAAGAAGGAAGAUGUGAAGGAGACAUUUUAUAAGGGGGCAGGAGAUGCACAAAUGGUUUGUUCGGACAUCCAAAAGGAUCUUGCUGCAUGUUGUGCAAUAGAGGUAACCAAAGUUAUUAAGAAUGAAAUUGGAGAGAAGAAGUUCUCGAUACUUAUUGAUGAGGUUAGAGAUUGCUCAAUAAAAGAGCAAAUGGCAGUGAUUGUGAGAUUUCUUGAUGAGCACGGGGAGCUCCAGGAAAUAUUUCUUGCAGUUAAGCACCUCACUGAUUGUACAUCUGCUGGAAAGAAGCUUUGGUUGAUGUGUUGGACUAUCAUGGUUUGCAAAUUUCUAGGCUACCUGGACAGGGUUAUGAUGGGGCUUCAAAUAUGAGAGGGGAAUUCAAUGAUUUGCAAAAAAUGGUUAGAGUUGAAGCUCCAUAUUCAUUUUAUGUCCGUUGCUUUGCUCA